GCCAUGACCCAUAUUCAAUACGUUCGUGCCAUGGGGUGGCCCAGGUACGUCAGGGCAGAUGGUACCCUACGUGGGGCCCCAAGCAAGUAUGUCGCCGCCAAGCUACCCUGCGGUGCAGGCCCAACCUUUGGCGCCACCUCCGUCGCCCGCACCAAGUUCACAAGGCAAUGUGGCGGGAGAAGCAGGUCAGGGUCAGGGCAAUCAAGGGAAUGGAGGGAGGGGCGGCGACAGAGGACGUGGUGGGAAUGGUGGCGGCCGAGGGGGACAAUGGGAUGGACAGGGCGACUCGGGUCAAGGGAAUCAAGGGGGCCAAGGAUGUGGAAGGGCCCGCUUCGACUGGAAAUCCGCCAUCUGCCAACAUUGUGGCAAACAGGGCCACACUAUUCGGUUCUGCAACAUUAGGCGGGAGGAUGAAAAGUCUGGCUUGAUCUACUCGAACAUGGAUGGGGACAUAUAUGAUCAGCUCGGGGAGUACAUCGACCGGAAGAUUCCUGGUGGCGUGAGGGCAGAGGCCCACAGGAGAUUGGCCGCACGACAAGCCCCUCUUGCCAUGUUCAGGUUGUGGCAGGAGAGAGAUGACCCACCAAUAAAGGUGGAAGAGGUGGAGAGUGGCGAGGAAGUGACCCAAGGGCUGCAGACAGGGGCGAUAAGGGGAGAGUUUGUGAUCACUGAGUCAGACGAGGAUGAUGAGAGCGAGCCUGUGGAACCCGUGUCCAUCCUCAUUGGAAAGAUGGAAGAUCUGUGGGAGAAGAUGAGGAGAUACCAUCAGAAGCUGGUAGAUAUUUACGAAGAGGUGAAGGAUUGGAAAACAGGUAUCCCCAAGGUCUUCCUUUAUGAAUCUGACCCUGAGUCGGUGCCAGGGCGGCAAGGGUACCCCGAGGUGGCUACCGUGGGGUCGGGCCCGCGGUUCGGAAUGUUGCCGGAAAGAAGAAAGGAGGUCGUGGAGGUGGAGGAUGACAACGAGGAGGAUGAGCAGGAUGAGAGGCUGCGCCAGGAAGAGGAUCAGACGGCGGAGCGACGGGCAAAAAAGACAGGGGCCCAGGAGGAAGCCGAGCCAGUUCUCCUCGAUGCGGCGCCAAAGAAGAAGAAAUACGCGGUUCGGCUGGAGGAGGGGUUUGAUGUGAAAAAUGUGAUUGACCGGCUAUUGGAAGGUCACAAUGACCUUGUGACGUUAAAGAAAAUUAUGGCGUCAGCUCCUAAGCUCCUCAAUGAAUUGAAGGGGAGAUUGUCACGGCGGUUGGUGCGAAACGUCCACCUAAGUAUGAUCCUACCAAAAGAGGCAGAGUGGGCAGAAACAGGGACAAAGAUGGAUUGGAAGUGUGUGGCAUGUGGGAUGGUGGAUUUGGCAGUAAAAGGUUCCAAGUGCGCGGCGAUGGUGGAUACGGGAGCAGAGAUGAAUAUCAUCAGGGAAGCUGAUGCGCUUAGGUUUGGGUUGGAAAUAGACCGUUCAGACUGCGGCAUUCUGCACGCAGCAAAUUGUAAUGCGAUGUUUUGCGAGACAGCCUCGAAUAUGCUUAUCGAGGUAGGAAGAGUAAAGGCCAGGGCAUGCUUUUUUGUCAUGCCAGACGUGGAUCAUGGUAUCCUCCUGGGGAGGUCGUUCCUAUGCAAGACAAAAAUGUUGAUGUUCAACAAACACGACGGGACUCUGAUCCUGAUAAUGUGCGACCUGGCAUGUGGGAACUAUGAGACGUUACGAUGGGUGCAAGAUUUGCAGCGAUUGAAUACAGUGACCGUGCGAGAUGGAGGGGGCUUGCCAAAUGCCGACGCGCUGUCGGAAUCAUGUGUUGGGAGACCUAUAAUUUUACUUAUAGACCUCUACUCUGGGUAUGACCAGUUUCUAGUCUAUCUGUCAGACAGAUCAGUGACGGCAAUGCGUACGCCCCGGGGGCUGAUUUAUAUGAACAUGGCGCCGCAAGGGUGGACUAAUCCAAUGGCAAUGGUCCAGCGGCAUAUGAUCCGGGCUAUGAAAACAGUCAGUUUGCAUAUCACCCAGCCUUAUAUCGACGACUUGGCAGUGAAGGGUCCAAAGGAAAAGGAGAGCGACGAAGUCUUGCCUGGAGUAAGGCGGUUCGUGUGGAAGCAUAUUCAGGAUCUCGACAAAGUCCUGAGCCUGCUCGAGGAACACAACCUUACGGCGAGUGGGGCCAAGUCCAAGCAUUGCAUAAGGAAGGCUACCAUCCUAGGGUUCGUCUGUACCGAAAGUGGUCGUUGGCCAGAUGUGAAAAAGACGGACAAGAUUGUCGAGUGGCAUGCACCUUUCCACUCAAUAACGGAUGUUAGAAGCUUCCUCCGUACGUGCAACUUCUCGAGGACCUUCGUCAAAAACUUCGCUGUCAAGACCAAGCAUUUGAGAAAGCUAGUACGUCAGGAUCAGGAAUGGGUUUGGGGAGAAGAGCAGAAGAAGGUCGUGGCAAGGAUGAAGGAGGAGUUUAAGGAAGGAGGGUUGGUGCUAGGUGCGCCAUAUUAUGAGGUUACAGAAGAAGGGGGAGCAGUAGAGGUUAUGCCCCUAGUUGAUGACUUCCUAGACCAAGAGGAGGAUGUCCGCCUCCACAUUAACGCGUGGUCUCUGCGAGUGCCGAGUUGUGUUGGCCAGCCUAUGUGGUUCGCGACGAAGGGGUAUGAACGGAAGUCGGAGCUUGUGCUCAAGCCAUUCGAGGAGGAGGACCCAUGGGGCAGCAAGGAUGUCCAGUGGAUGACAAAGUUGGCACUAGCGGGUACGCGUAGCCUGGUGGAUGAGGUAAGAACGAUAGAGGAAGGAUCAGACCAGGUAGGAAGGUACGAACAGCUGAUGGGAGGGAUGUACCUCCUGACCAAUACGCUUCUGGAAGGGGACUUUGAUCAAGUGGGCUCGCCGAGUUCGACAGAGGGUGAGGGCCUUGUGCCAGCUAGCCAAGACGACGAGUUCAAGGAAGGGGAGAUCAAAGAAGCCUUCCGUGCUGAAGAGUAUGACGGAAUCUACCUGGAACUGAGACUCCUUCUCUCCUGCGAAAUGAGGAAUAGAGACGCGAGCGAGAGGGCUCAAAAGAUGAGACACCUCUACCUAGUGAGGGAUGGCCACCUCUUCGUGAAGAGGCAAGUGGGAAACCCCAAGAGGGUUGUAUGCGGGAGGGACCGACAAAUCAAUAUUACAGUUGCGCUUCAUGACGGCAUUGCUGGAGGGCAUCAACGAGUCAAUGUCACGUACACUAAGAUAAGCGAGCUAUACUAUUGGGAUGGAAUGAUGCAGAUGGUGGCCAAACUCUGUCGCUCCUCUGUACCUUGCCAAGAGAGGUUCCCUCAGAGGCUGGGAGAGUCACUGCACCCCAGGCUGGAAAAGGAAGUAGGCGCCGUGGUGCAUCUUGACCUAUUGUUUAUGCCGAUUGGGGAUCAUGGCUACAACUAUAUCUUCGACGCGCGGGACAAUUUAUCUGGGUUUGUGAACGGUCGUGCCAUUCGUACCAAGACUAGUCCGAACUUGGUAAGUUGCAUCGAGGAAUACUACCCGCGUUACCCUUUCGUCAGGGAAUUCAUGAUGGACAGAGGAUCGGAGUUUACCUGUCAAGAAGUGCAAGAGUUGUUGUCAGGCUACGGCGUGGUAGCCAAUUAUACCACGGCUGCGCAUUCCCAAACAAAUGCUCCAGUAGAAAGGGGGCAUAGCACCAUCACGAACCUUCUGGCCAAGGGGACUGAGGGUAAACCUAAACAGUGGUCAAGGUACCUAAGGGCGACAUUCUUUAUGGAGAACAUCACGGUUAAGAGGAUCACGAAAUACGUGUCAGCCACGCUGUGGUGUGGGAUACAUGCUACCUUCCCUAUCGAGAGCUUCCUGAAGACUUGGAGGCCCCAGGACUUGGAGGUUAACCUGUUCUUCGAGGAGUUACUCGAUAUUCGGGUACGACAGGUUGGCGCGAUUGAGGAAAGGAUUUGGGAGGCCUCUAACCAGGUGGAGAGGAGCCGUAUGGAUGACAAGGCUUGUUGGGAUCGGAUGGCGCACGUACGGAAGGUGCCUUUGAGAGUGGGGGAUGUGGUGCUGUUGUAUGACUCAUCCCUAGAGAAGCAGUGGUCCAAGAAGCUGGACAAGAGGUGGCCGGGACCUUACCGGAUUGUGCGAUGUGCAGAUUUCGGCGCAUACCAGAUAGAGGAAUUAAACGGGACGACGUGGAAGGACUGGGUGUCAGGAACGAGGCUGAAAAAGUUUGUGGCGAGAGAAGAGGUCGGCAAUGUGGAGGAGUUUAUUCCGGCGUAUGAGCAGUUCAUGCAUAAGCAACGCAUAGUGAGAGAUGAGUGGAUGCAGUCGCUGCUACUAUGGACCCGUAAGGCCGAGAGACUGUUGGCAAGACAAGUAAGGGAUACAGCUCGGGAUUGGGAGACGUGUAGGACGCUCCUGAGGGAGGCUUUUCGGCGGCCAGAUCCAUCCCAACCAAGGGUCGAGAGGAGGCAGAGAAGCAAGAGACAGAGGGAUCCUGAGCCUAUGGAAGCGCUACCGUCUCGAGGGGGACGGAAGGCGCUCGCAGGAAGAGAGGGGCGAGGGGCCUACCCAGAGUGUGGGUUGGGACCAGUGACCUUCCAGCGCUUCACCGAGGAGCUGAGGGGGUCUCCCCAGCAUACGGAAGCAGAGGCGCCAUCGGGAGAGGAAGCACUGCACGAGCUGGAGGCCCACCUAGACGUCUCUCAGUGGAGGAUACCGCAAUCAGGAGAGAGGCGCGAGGGGCCAGCCAAGGAGGUACCGCAUGAGGGGGCCCGUACAGAGGGGCAGGAGAUGGUGCAGGAGGCAGGACAGGGUAUCCGGACAGAGCCAGUACCAGGGGAAGUCAUAGAGAUCGGGGAGGACACUCCGCCUCACGAGCCGGUCAUGGAGACGCUGCCGGAGGUUGGGCCAGAGGCAGUUCGUGAGGGAGAGGAAGGGCCGCAGCAGGAGGAGAUCCCUUUGCCCGCUCCUAGAGGGAGCCCUUCGCCAGAGAUGAUGGCCGAGGCCGAGCGAGAGGAGACGGGAUGAAGGGUAGAGAUCCUUUCCAUAGUCAGCACGCAACUGGCAACGUCUGCGGAGGCGCACCCUGACCUCGAGGAGUC